AUGGAAGAAAAGGAAAAUUUAAGGUAUAACCACGAAAAUAAUAUAGGAACAGAAAUUCCUCUCAAAAGAAAUAAAAAAGAAAUUGAAUCGUUAGCAUAUUCUUUAAAGAAAAAUAUAAAAAGCAAUGACGAAUUGCACAAUAGAGCAUAUUAUUUCUUUUCCCCUGAUGAUAUAUUAGAUAAAAUAAUUUUCAAUCUGUGUAAAUAUGUUCCAAAAAAUCAACAUAUACUAGAUAAAAAUGAACAUUUUGAUAAGUAUCAAAGUUCAAAUAAUUUCUCUUAUAUAACAUCAUCUAAUACAGACAGUUGGAAUGAUCCAACUAUUUUUGAUGAUAUAAGUUUUGAUGAAGAAGGAAAAAAAGAAAUAAUAAAAAAAAAUAAAAAUGAUCAAAAAAAUAAACAAAUUUAUACAAACAAAAUUGAUAUUUAUUUGCCUAUUAAUAGUCAUAAUAAACAUAUCAAUACAUGUUGUGUAGAAUGGUUAGGAUAUGUAAAUGAAGCUAACGGUUAUGCUGCCAUUAAAAUGCUAAAUCCUUUUAUUUCUCAGGAAUAUUAUACAUAUGUCAAUAGACUAGUUUAUUUUUUAUUUAUGAAGACCAAUUAUUAUGGAAUAGAAAAUUUUUUACAUCAUCACAAUUUUGUUAACAAAGAUGUACCACUAUAUAUGAAAUGUAAAAAUAAAUUAUGCAUAAAGUUAUCGCAUAUAAAUGUUUCGAAUGAUUUAUAUCUUUAA